AUGAUCGCAAAGAUUGCUUCAGUCCUGUGCUUCCUCGGCCUAGCCCAUGCUGGCCUUAUCGGCUCCGGCCUUGGAUACAGCGGUCUGGCACCAAUCGGCUACAGCAGUCUAGGUGGUAUCAGCCCUAUUGCCCGCUAUGGUGGAAUCGCCCCGGUAGUCAGCGCCCCCCUCGCAAUUGCCCCUGCCCCCGCCAUCUCCACAGUAUCCCAGUACUCUGUUAACGCUGCACCCUUAGUGAGGACCAUUGCCGCUCCAGUUGUUGCUGCUCCUCUUGUAACCAAGAGCAUCGCGGCUCCAAUUGCCGUCUCGCCUUAUGGAAUCGGAGCAAUUGGCGGUUAUGGACUCGGUGGCUGGUGAACGAUGCUGAUUAUC